UCAAAGAUGAUACAAUUUUGCAUCGGUUGUUUUGCUUGUGGAAAUCGUUUUCGCGUAUCGAAUACUUUCUCGUGAUUUUACAACUUGUUUUCCACCGACAUUUCGCGAACGGGAUCAAAUACGGGCAAAGGAAAACAUCGCCACUCGUUGCAUGUGUACAGUGUGUCGUUGCGUACAGCCGCGGAAAAGGAUUUCCUUCCAGCGCGAGUGCUGAAAAAUUUGCGUGUGUGCGUGUGUGUGGUUAUUAUUUUUUGUUACAUUCCCAUAAGCUUCCACCGUUUGCUAAACGCAGAUUUCUCGUCAUCCUCCCGCUACGAUGGCGAUGCUGGAGGGCACCCUGUCCAAAUGGACGAACGUCAUGAAAGGUUGGCAGUAUCGGUGGUUCGUUCUGGAUGAAAACGCCGGAUUGCUGUCGUACUAUACCUCAAAGGAAAAAAUGAUGAAAGGUGUGCGGCGCGGCUGCGUACGUCUAAAGGGUGCCAUCAUCGGUAUAGAUGACCAGGAUGUGAACACAUUUACGAUCACCGUCGAUCACAAGACGUUCCACUUUCAGGCGCGCGAUGCAGAAGAACGCGAAAAAUGGGUUCGUCGCCUGGAGGACUCGAUACUGCGACAUGCAAACCGUAGCAGAGCGCUGUGGGAUCAGCAGUAUAACAACGGCAGUGGUAGCACGAGCGCACAGAGCAGCGCGAUGGGUUUCACAUCCGGUGGUCCGGGCAGUGGCAAUGGUGUUGGUGGCGGUACACCCGGUUCCAGUAUUCGGCGCUCAAACAAUUUGGUACUGUUCGAUCGGAAGGUGACGGAAGCGGACGCAUUUCUACAGCUUAUGAUUGACCAAACAACGAAACUCGAGACGAGAUUGGAAGCGCUUGGUGAUACGGAAGAAGCGACCCACCUUAAAACUAUCAACGAGCACGUUAAUGCAAUGCUUGAUAAUAUAAAACAUUCGAUAGUCCUUCUACAGAUCGCCAAGAACACCGCAAACCCGAUCAACGGCAUCUACCAAGGUCCUAUAUGCAGUAAGUCCGAAACGGAAACCGAACCCAGCGAGUCUGGUCUGCCCGUUGGUGUGAUGUCUUCGCUACCAACCGACAUCGAGGUUGCCGACGAAUGCAGAGAAAAUUCGCGGCGUGUCAACAUUGCACAUGCUUCUAUCAGCGUGCCGGAAACGUCCUACUCAAGCUCGGAGGGCGAGGACGACUUCUUCGAUGCGAACGAUUCCCCGUUUACCUCUAGUCAAUUAAACACACCGACAAGCAAUACUCGAACCCUAUCCGAGCACACUGCCCGCUUGUCGGUGGAGGAACACUAUGCAUCGGCCGAGGACAGCACAAGCAUCUCGCUGAAGAAGCAGGACAGUCUCGUCAGCUCCAACACCACGUCCAUAUCAGCCGGACAGAGCGUCCCGCUCGUCGGUAUCGGUAGCGAUGGUGUGUCCCGACCAGGGCUCCACGAUCCACUUCCGCUCGCAUCCGGUGUGCCUCGCAAAUCGUACGACUCGAAAGCACUACCGAUCCGCACCGAUGGCAGCCUCGACUAUGAUGCCUUAUACGAAGACGAAUCCGACAACGAUCUGUCGAUGGAGUCGCACGGUUCGGUCGUUACGCAUCUGCUGUCCCAGGUGAAGAUCGGCAUGGAUCUGACGAAGGUUGUCCUGCCGACGUUUAUCCUCGAGCGGCGAUCCCUGCUGGAGAUGUACGCUGACUAUUUCGCCCAUCCGGAUCUCUUUCUACGGAUAGCGGAUCUUAAAGAGCCGCGCGAACGGAUGGUACAGGUCGUCCGAUGGUACCUAAGCGCGUACCAUGCCGGACGCAAGAGCUCUGUCGCGAAGAAACCGUACAAUCCGAUCCUGGGCGAAAUAUUCCAGUGCCACUGGGACAUUCCGGAGCUGCCAACGGGUGAUGAGACGUCAAACGUGGAGGUACAAGAUGGACCGGUGCCAUGGUGCCGUAGGGACCAACUAACCUUUAUCGCCGAGCAGGUCUCGCAUCAUCCGCCAAUAUCAGCGUUCUAUGCUGAACAUUACAACAAGAAGAUCAGCUUUUCCGCGCACGUGUGGACAAAGUCAAAGUUUCUGGGUCUUUCGAUAGGUGUGCACAACAUUGGUCAGGGCACGGUGACGCUGUGUGAUCUCAACGAGGAAUACAUCGUUACGUUUCCUAAUGGUUAUGGACGAUCCAUCCUAACGAUACCGUGGAUUGAACUCGGUGGUACGAUAACCAUCACCUGUCCACAAACGGGCUAUCGGGCGGAUAUAGACUUCAUCACGAAACCAUUCUACGGUGGCAAAAAGAAUCGAAUACAGGGCGAGAUCUAUGGACCGAACGAUAAGAAGUCCUUCAUCAGCAUCAGCGGUGAAUGGAGCGGCCUAAUGGAGUACAAAUUCAACGAUGGCAGUAAACCCUCCAAGUUUGAAACGUUCGUCGACGUUAAUAGCAUACCGAUCUACAAGAAAAAGGUACGCCCGGUGGGCGAACAGGACGAGAACGAAUCACGCAAAGUUUGGCGUGAAGUAACGGCCGGUUUAAAGAUGAACGACAUCGAAAAGGCAACGAAUGCAAAGUUUCAGGUGGAACAGAAGCAACGCGAAGAAGCCAAAGAGCGAAAGGAAACGUUCGGUGAAUGGGAAACGAAGUACUUCAAGGGUAUCGGUGAAUCGUGGAUAUACACCACGCCGCUAUUACAUAGGUUAACGCUGGAAAAACGGGAUAGCAAAAGAUAGCAAUCGAACGAACAUAACACCACCAACAAUGGUAGCACUAGCACGUAAGCAGAAACUUUGGAUAUAGAAGAUAUAUCUAUAUACAUAUACUAUACAAUAUAUACAUAUUAUACACUACACCUAGAACACACGCAACAACAAACAUGUUAAAUGAAGCUAGUAGAGAAGAAAGACGAGAACGUGUUAAGUGGAAGUAGAAAAUGCGUAACAAUUCUCUUUCAUUUACUAAUCGCUGCCAGUAAAAUACGGUUUUUGAGUAACACAGGUGCAGCAAAAGAUGCUGCAAUUUAGGUUAGGUGAGAUAGAUUAUUUGUUCUGUUAGGAGGGAGUGGUAAAAGCAAAACAAAAAGAGAAUCUUUAGCUCACGCGAAGCACACAACGUUUACACGUACUCUUUAACGCAUUUCUCAACAGUAUCUCAAUUUGUGUUUGAAGGAAAAUGAGCACAACCAAAACCGUGGCUUCUCGUGUUCUGUCCUCUAGUGAUAAUCUUUAACUUCAAUUUAUUUACCUUUUACUGUGUUUCGUUAUCUUCUCUUGCAUGUUUGAAUCAUCAUUAGUAGUAUAAUAUUUUUUGUUCGUUUUGUGUUUUUUUGUUUGUUUGUUCGUGUUUUUUAGGGUUUAUGGUUUCCUCUUUUCUUCGUCCCACUCCCUCCUCUUCGUCUCAUUGCACUACGAUGCACAUGUAGUGAAGAUUUAAUUGGCCGUUCGCUACGUCCCGGAAAAUGCUAGCAAACCCUAUAAUAGUGAUGUUGAAAUUCUCAGUUUUAGUCUAAUGUUGUUAUAGCAAACCUAACGAUAGAAAAAAAAACAAAAGAGAACGAAGAGGAUAAUCUCUAUUCGAAGGAAAACAUUUAAAAGAAAAACAAAAACAAAUGUGAUAUGCACAAAAGUAACAUAGCAAAAAUCUGCAAAAAAACACAAUUAUACUUCUACUUGCAUGCACACUCCUCCAUGGGCACGAGAAAGAAACUGUACUCCUCCGUAUGCUGCUAGAGAACUGGAGGAUUAGAAUAGAAUGAUUCGAGAUGUGGAAGAAACGAAAACCAUGCGAAAGAACUUGUUAAUAAUAGCGGCAAGCUAUUAACCCCAUGCUCAGAAAUAACAUUAUUCUGUCCGAAUUCGUAAACGGAAAAUAACGCAGUAAGUUAUGAAAUCAAAGUUAUCAUUAAAACUAACCGAACGUUGUAACGUUCUAAAAAGGUAAACAAAACAAAAAUAACACAUUAAAAAAAAAAUAUAGAAAACGUUGCAAACAUUUUCUAAGAUCUGAUACAUAGACAACCAUGGGGAAAAAAGUGUAAGAAAUGUAUGAAUAAAGCAAAGUGAAAUCGUGCAUGUUAACAAUGAACAAUAUUUUCUACUGUUUAAAAGAGAGCUACUGUUAUGAAGGUGAAGAAAAAGAGAACAAAAAUGAACAAAAUUGUGAAAGGUUAAUUCUGCCGUAAAAGCAAACACAGCAACAUCAACAAAACCAAUUGGUUUUCAUUUUGCCGAUUUCUGUAGAGAAGACAACUAAAAUGCACACAACAACAAUAAAAAGAAUUUCAACCACGCGCGCAAGUUAAGCAAAUGCGUUAACAAAAAAUAACGUCAUUCACUGUUAAAAUCGUGCGUAGAACAGAUGUAAAAUUAUAUAUUAUACACACAUACUAAUAAUAUGAAAAACACACAUACAUGAGCCUAUACUUAUAUUUUGUUCACAUUGUCGGAUCUCGAAUCGAUCGGACCGAAUCGCGAAUCGCAGCAUGAUGCAAAACACUAAACUAUAUGAAUCUUAACAGACACAAACGAAAAAGGAAAAAAACUAAUGCGCUUGUUUAUAUAGAAAAGACGAAUUAAAUUACAAUUAAGAAAGUGAAAGGAAACAGCUGCGCGUCGCAACGCGAAACAGGUCCACACAAUAUAUGGAAACAAUUAAAACAGGAAGCGAAGCAAGUGUCAGGAAGAGGAGAUCAGUUUACAACAAUGGCUAAAAUAAAGCUAAACCUACCAAUGGUACACAAAACGCUAACAGAGUAGUUCUAAAAGUAAAGCAGUUAUAAAAAUACGGCAUCAGUUACAAAACAGCAGCUAGCCUAAACACAUCAAUUGAACAUUCUCUUCCGGUAAGAAAUAGAAGACAAAAAUCCGUCAUAGCCCCCAAGUCCUGCAUCCCCUCGUUAGGAGCAUCCUUUUCCCUUGCCCAUUUCUUAACAAGCAAACCCUCCCUCCACCCGGUAUGCACAUUGUUAAAGUUUAGAACCGCAUUGUGUAGAGUAUUACCGUUAAAAACAACAAAAAAAACUAUAUCAAAGCGUAUUGUUCGCGGGAUCAUACUUGAUUGACUAAUUAAUCUUACUCUACGUAGCUGAAACGGAACUGCUAACUGAAGAUGUGUAAACGAAAGGCAUUCAAAGUGUAAAGAACAUAAGGUGAACGAGAAAGCGAGUAGGCAAAGCAGAUGGCAUCGAUUGCAAUAAACACCCAAGUGCGCGUGCGAAAGCAAAUUGCAAAAAUUAAUGUAAGCAAAAACAAAAACAUUAUAAACCACGGACAACACAAUUAUCAAAGCAAAGCAGAUAUAGCUAAAAAACAAAACAAACAAAACAACCGUUUCAAAUGAAGAAAACAACAAUUCAUACCAAAUAGAUAAAGCAUGUUAACGCCAAGGUGUCAAAGGAAAACAGAAGAAAAAACAUCCAUACAACACACACACACAGACAAAAAGGAGUAAAAAACAGCAGUGCAACAACACAUCCUCACAUACGCAUAAUUUUAAAAAUGAAAACUUUAUACACUUCCUUCCCCUGGUUAAUAAUGGAAAUAAAAAAACAAUCCUACACCAAUGCCAGAAUAAACUAA